ACAGCCCCUCCCCUCUCUGACACUGUGCAGUAAACCCCCAAACAGACUGACCUAAUGGCAGCUGACUGAAAAUAGAAGUCUGUGUCGUUUCUAUCAGGAUGGCUGGGGAUUCGUUAUCUCCUGAUUGGGAGUUUGACCGCUUUGAUGAUGGAUCACAAAAAAUUCACACAGAAGUGCAGGUUAAAAACUAUGAGAAGUUUUUAGAAGAAUAUACCGCUCAGCUCCAGGGUAUUGAAGAAGCCCUAGACGACUCUAUCGGAGAUGUAUGGGACUUCACUCUGGAUCCCAUCGCUUUGAAGCUCCUGCCGUAUGAACAGUCCUCACUGUUGGAACUCAUCAAGACAGAAAAUAAGGUGCUUAAUAAAGUCAUCACAGUGUAUGCAGCUCUUUGCAGUGAGGUUAAAAAACUGAAAUAUGAGGCUGAAACCAAGUUCUACAAUGGCUUGUUGUAUUAUGGUGAAGGAGUGUCAGACACUAGUGUGGUGGAGGGAGAGUCUCAGAUUCAGAUGGGCCGCUUCAUUUCCUUCUUACAGGAGCUGUCUUGCUUUGUGUCGCGCUGCUUUGAGGUGGUGGUCAACAUGGUUCACCAGCUGGCUGCUUUAUACAACAGCAGCAAGGGUGCAACAAAAAUCAUUGAGUCCACAGGUGUACACUUUCAGGCAGUGUACGAGCAUCUGGGAGAACUUCUGGUGGUCCUCAUCACCCUGGAUGAGAUCAUGGAGAACCACGCCACACUGAGGGAACACUGGAAGAUGUAUAAAAGGUUACUGAAAUCUGUCCAUCAUAACCCGGCUAAGUUUGCCAUUCCAGAGGAGAAACUGAAGCCCUUUGAGAAGCUCUUACUGAAGCUGGAGGGGCAGCUGUUGGACAGCAUGAUCUUUCAGGCUUGUGUGGAGCAGAGGUUUGAUAACCCCGAAGAAGGUGUAUCCGUCUCUAAAAACGGUGCCUUUGCAGAGGAGUUUGCGUAUAAUAUCAGAACCAUUUUUGCCAACAUCGAGUCAAAGCUUGGUGAGCCGUCAGAGAUCGACCAGCGGGAUAAGUAUACGGGCGUAUGUGGUCUCUUCGUGCUACACUUCCACAUCUUUAGGGCAGUGGACAAGAAGAUCUACAAAUCCCUGAUAGAUGUGUGUAAAAAGGUCCCUGCAGUGACAUUAGCAGCUAAUAUAAUCUGGUUUCCAGACACAUUUCUGAUAAACAAAGUCCCCGCGGCAGCUAAACUACUGGACAAGAAGAGCGUCCAGAGCACCCGCAGCAGCAGAGAUGCGUUCCUGCAGCAAAAGGCACAGACACUAAUGAAGGACAUGCAGUCCUACUACAUAUUUGUGACCUCCUGGAUGAUGAAGAUGGAGUCAAUAUUAUCAAAAGAACCGAAACCAGAAAAACUGUCUGAGGACUUGAGCAACAGGUGUAAUACAUUUGUGCAGGGAAUCCUGUACGCUUACAGCAUCAGCACCAUCAUCAAGACCACUAUGAAUAUGUACAUGUCCAUGCAGCGGCCCAUGACCAAGACCUCGGUGAAGGCCCUGUGCCGAUUGGUGGAGUUGUUAAAAGCUGUGGAGCACACAUUCCACCGGCGCUCAGUGGUUGUAGCAGAUUCUGUGUCUCACAUCACGCAACAGCUCCAGUCUCAGGCUCUGGCCUCCAUCUCUACUGCUAAGAAACGAGUGAUCUCUGAUAAGAAGUACAGUGAGCAGAGGCUGGACGUGCUGUCGGCUCUGGUUCUGGCUGAGAACACUCUGAACGGGCCCAGCACCAAAGAGAGGAGACUGAUAGUGUCUCUGGCUCUCAGUGUUGGCACUCAGAUGAAAACCUUCAAGGAUGAGGAGCUCCUGCCUUUACAGCUUGUGCUGAAAAAGCUGGACUUAAUCAGUGAACUAAGAGAGCGAGUCAAAGUGCAAUGCGACUGCAGUUUUCUGUACUGGCAUCGAACUGUCUUCCCCAUCUACCUGGAUGACGUGUAUGAAAACGCUGUGGAUGCGGCCAGAAUUCAUUACAUGUUUAGUGCGCUCAGAGACUGUGUGCCCACCAUGUUGCACGCCAAACACAUGGAGUCAUGUGAUCAGCUACUGGAGUGUUAUGACACUGAGAUCAUGGAAAUCUUCAAUGAGCACCUGCUAGACAAGCUGUGUAAGGAAAUUGAGAAGGACCUGCGCUUGUCUGUGCACACACACCUCAAACUGGAUGACCGAAAUCCUUUCAAAGUGGGCAUGAAGGAUCUGGCACACUUUUUCUCUCUCAAGCCCAUUCGCUUCUUCAACCGUUUCAUCGACAUCAAAGCCUAUGUGACUCACUAUCUGGACAAGACGUUUUACAACUUGACGACUGUGGCUCUUCAUGACUGGGCCACGUACAGUGAGAUGAGGAAUCUCGCCACACAGCGCUAUGGUUUGGUCAUGACUGAGGCCCAUCUCCCCAGCCAAACUCUAGAACAGGGUCUGGACGUCCUUGAGAUCAUGAGGAACAUUCACGUCUUCGUCUCCCGCUACCUCUAUAACCUAAACAACCAGAUCUUCAUUGAGAGGACCAGCAACAACAAGCACUUAAAUACCAUUAACAUCCGCCACAUUGCCAACUCUAUUCGCACUCAUGGAACGGGUAUCAUGAACACAACGGUGAACUUCACGUAUCAGUUCCUCCGCAAGAAGUUCUACAUUUUCAGUCAGUUCAUGUAUGACGAACACAUCAAAUCCAGACUCAUCAAAGACAUCCGCUUCUUCAGGGAAACCAAGGAUCAGACCGACCAAAAAUACCCCUUUGAGCGAGCGGAGAAGUUCAACCGGGGCAUCAGGAAGUUGGGUCUCACUCCUGAUGGUCAGAGCUACCUGGACCAGUACAGACAGCUCAUCAGUCAGAUCGGCAAUGCGAUGGGCUAUGUGCGCAUGAUUCGGUCAGGAGGGCUGCACUGCUGCAGUAGCGCUAUUAGGUUUGUUCCUGAUCUAGAGGACAUUGUGAACUUUGAGGAGCUUGUGAAAGAGGAAGGUCUUUCUGAAGAGACGCAGAAGGCCGCCAGCCAACUGGAUUGUGUGCUUAGCGACCUGACUAGCAACUCCGCUGAAGGAACCGAGUACUUCAAGAUGCUGGUGGGGGUUUUCGCACCCGAGUUUCGCAGUGUUAAGAACAUGCACUUGAGGAACUUCUACAUGAUUGUUCCUCCUCUGACAGUCAAUUUUGUGGAACACUCCAUCGGCUGCAAAGAAAAACUAAACAAAAAGAACAAAGUGGGAGCUGCGUUUACAGACGAUGGUUUCGCCAUGGGUGUCGCCUACAUCCUGAAGCUUCUAGACCAGUAUCAGGAGUUUGACUCCCUCCAUUGGUUCCAGGCUGUGAGGGAAAAGUACGUGAAGGAAAUGAACGCAGUAGUGAAGGAGCAGAACGUUCAGUCCACCAGCCAAGAUGAGAAGCUCAUGCAGACCAUGAACCUGACCCAGAAGAGACUGGACGUGUAUCUGCAGGAGUUCGAGCUGCUUUAUUUCUCUCUGAGCAGCGCUCGGAUCUUCUUCAGGGCUGAUAAAACAGCUGCCGAGGAGACCCAGGAGAAGAAGGACAGAGAGGAAGUUUCCAAAACGGGUCCUGGUUCCUCGCCGAUUGAGGGUGAACCAAGUGGCAAGUGAAACUACGAAGCAGCUUGAAUGAAAUGAAUCAUGGAGGUUAUAAACAUUGAUCCUCCAGCCACUAUACUUCUGUUGGAGUCUGUACAGCGUCUUAAACUCAUUUUGGCGUUACGCCACCUGCACUCAUUAGACUGGAACUGACUGUGGAUUUGGACCAACUAGACAUUUAUUUUAUGCACCUACAAUGACUUUCGACCGCUGUUUUGCAAGCAUUGUUUUCGAUAAUGUCAAUUUGAGAAAUGUGAUUGGUAGAUGAAUGUAUCUUAACAUCCUCUUGAAUAUUAGGCACAAGUAUUUUAAGAUGAUAAAACCACCAUUUACCAUACAAUUUUUUU